AUGAUGUAUAUCUCAAGCCUCCUCCUUCUAGCAACCCUGACUCUCGCCCGUCCAACAAAAACCUCGACCAACCUGGUCCACCGUGCUCCAAUCCCAGAUGGCAGCUUCAUAACACCAACCGUCCCCGUGUCAACCCCCAGACCAACACCUAGCCGUCGCCCCCGUGGCCACGCAAUCGUAAGCAACAACUGCAACGUCCCAAUCUACCUCUGGUCCGUUGGAACUGCCGCCCAACCAGAGAAGACCGUCCUACCAAACGAUACGUAUAGUGAGAUGUUCCGCGAAGAAAGGAGCACCGGCGGAAUAGCAAUCAAGAUCAGCACCGAUGUCGAUGGACUGUAUACCAGUGCUCCACAGAUGAUCUUUGCCUACAACCUGUCCAAUGUCGCCCAGGGCAAGGUCUGGUAUGAUCUAAGUGAUGUCUUUGGGGAUCCCUUUGAGGGAUAUCCUGUUAGUCUGACACCUGCCGAGCCGCAGAUUAAUUGGACCAAUGGCGUUCCUCCUGCUGGAAGUCAGGUUCGGGUUACGGACAUUGAUACAGAUUUGGUUCUGUCGCUGUGUUAG